UCGCCAGGUUACGAUGUACGAGCUCUUGCUGAAAACUUGGAUUGGUUAGCUGUCAUGUCUUAUGAUUACCAUGGCCAAUGGGACAAAAAAACCGGCCACAAUUCUCCCUUCUAUUAUCACCCUGAGGAUGAUUAUGCUGACUUUAACACUGAUUACUCCAUCAAUUACUGGAUCAAGCAAGGAAUGCCACGCAGGAAGAUUGUGAUGGGUAUGCCAUUCUAUGGUCAAUCAUUCACAUUGGCCGAUCCAAACAAACAUGGCCUCAAUGCCCCAGCAACUGGACCGGGUGAAGCUGGUGAACAGACACGUGCAGCUGGUUUCUUGGCCUAUUAUGAA